AUGGAGGGCGCGACUCAGCUUGUGUCUGUCGUGGGGCAGCUGGUGGGCGAGGAGUACCGGACACUGCGCAGCGUCGGCGGCCAGGUGGCGGAGCUAAGGAACGAGCUGGCCACCAUGAACGCCGUCCUCCGCAUGCAGUCCGACUCCGACGACGGCUCCGUGGACCACUUUGUCAGGGAGUGGAUGAAUCAGGUCCGGGAGCUGGCCUACGAUGCCGAGGACUGCAUCCACCUCUACAUCUUCCGCGUCCGCUGCCGACCCAACGACCGCUUCUUCGUCUGGUCCAGACGGCUGCUCUCCACGCUCUUUCCUCGCCGCCGGCUGGCUGGAGAGAUCCGGGAGCUCCGCGCCCGUGCCGUUGUCAUCAGCGAGCGCCAUUCGCGGUACGGCCUCAUUCGAGAGGCGCCGCUCCGCUCCGCUUCUCUCGCCCCCGCGCCCAGAACGAUGACGCACGCGCUCCGUGCUACCAACGACCCUGAGCAGUUCGUCGGCAUCAGCGAGCAAGCUAAGCUCCUGGCCGCCAAGGUCGAGAAGUUGGAUGAUAACAAGGAGCGCAAGGUGUUUUCAGUGGUGGGUUUCGGGGGCCUCGGGAAGACUACGCUAGCCAUGGAGGUGUGCCGGCAGCUGGAGGCGAGUUUCGAUCGCCAGGCGCAAGUGUCCGUGUCCCAGACCUUCGACGGCAGGAAGGACCUUAAGGCCUUGCUCAAGCGGAUGCUGCAGCAGAUUGUCAACGUGAAACCCCACAAGGAGAAAGGCAUCAAGGAAGAGGACUCCCUCACCCUCGGUCAAAUCGACGAGAUGAAUCUCGAUGCCCUCACUUCCACGAUGGAGGAGAAACUUAUGGACAACAGGUACGAAUGGACACUCAGACAUAAUUUUCUUUCUAAAUUUGUGUGUAAAGUUCCUUCUAACAAUAUAUAUGCUUAUAUUGAAACCAGGUACCUGAUCGUGAUCGAUGAUGUAUGGACCAUAGCAUCCUGGGAAGCGAUCCAAUCCAAGUUUCCUAGAAACAACAAUGGGAGUAGAAUCAUAGUGACCACUCGGAUAGACAAUGUGGCUAAAGCAUGCAGCCCUGGUAGCGACUGCAUACAUGAGAUCAAGCCCCUUGAUAUAGAAGACUCAAAAAAGUUGUUCCUUAGUAGAGCAUUUGGGUCCAAGGAUGCCUCCUGCCCUAAGGAGUUGGAAGCUGAAAUGGGGAAAAUCUUAAAAAAAUGUGCUGGGCUGCCAAUGGCCAUUGUUAGCAUUGCCAGCCUACUGGCGAGCUACCAAUUGGCGGAGAGUACAGAUAUGUGGGAAAGAAUUUGCAGAUCAAUUGGUUCUGAGAUGGAAAGCAACCCUACCCUAGAUGGGAUGAGACAGAUAGUCACACUCAGCUACAACCACCUACCUCAUCACCUCAAGAUAUGCAUGAUGUAUCUUAGUAUUUUUCCUGAGGAUUACGUGGUCUUCAAGGAUCGGCUCCUGCAUAGAUGGAUCGCUGAAGGAUUGGUAGAAGAGAAGAGGGGUUUGACAUUGUUGGAGGUAGCAGAAGGCUACUACAAGGAGCUGAUGAGUAGGAACAUGAUUGAUCCAGCCCCAUUUGCAAGCAACUAUGACAAUGGGGGGGUGGAGACGUGCAGGGUGCAUGACAUGAUACUAGAGGUCAUGGUAUCCAAAGCCCUGGAGGCCAACUUUGCUAGCCUGGUAGGUUGUCAAUAUGUUGGGAUGUCUUACGAUAAGAUUCGCCGCCUUUCCAUCCAUGGCAUAGAACAGGGAGCCAAUGAUUUAUCUCCACCGCCCAAGAAAAUGCCAGCGGGGCGACAUGGUAGGAGGGAUGUAAUGGAGGGGAUGGACUUGAAACACGUCCGAUCAUUUAGCAUGUUUGAGCCGGAAGGGCACAAGCUGCUUGAUCGACUGGGCGAGUUCACUCUACUAAGGGUACUUGAUCUGGAAGGCUGCAGAAGCCUAACAUACAAGCAUCUUCGGGAUAUAUGCCGGAUGUAUCUCCUAAAGUUCUUGAGCAUUAGGGGUACAGAUAUAAAUGAGAUUCCUCCAAGUGUGGGUGAUCUAGAGCACUUGCAGACGCUUGAUGCACGUCAUACCUACCUGGAGUAUCUACCAGAAACAGUGAUAAAUCUGGAGAAGCUUGAGCGCCUGCUCUUUUCAAAAAGGAACACGUGGUCGCCAACAUGGCAGCCUCCAAGUGGGAUAUCGCGGAUGAAGGCUCUGCGAGAGGUGAAUAGCAUAGUAAUCAGAGACAACAUCCAAGUCGCCAAAGAGAUCGGUGAUCUAGAAGGAUUGCAAGGCAUAGUUGUGCACGUCGAGGCCGAGUCACAGAUUCAUGAGGAAGUCUGUAAGCAUCUCGCCGCCUCCUUGUGUAGGACGAACGCCCUCCGGUGGCUCAGUGUUGGAGACACUGAAAAUUCCAGCGAUAGUAAUUUGGAUUAUCUGAUGGACCUACGCUCUCCGCCGCAGCUCCUGCGUUACUUUCGCUUUGAUGGCUGCCUUUCUAGGUUGCCAGACUGGGUCGGGUCACUCUCAUAUCUUGUGGAGUUCUGCAUGUCAAAUGGACGCCUCGAGGGUGACCAACCAUUCGCUGUCCUGUCCAAGGCGCCCAACCUGAGGAUCAUGCGGCUGCAGCGUCAUUUCUAUAGCGGUGACAAACUGGUUGCACAAAGUGCCCACAACUUCCGGGCACUCAAGGAGAUGAGAGUCAGCUGUGAGGCUGGAUUCCCGAGUGUUUUCAGUUUUGAGGAAGGAUCCAUGACAAAACUCGAGACGCUCGAACUGAAUUUCGGUAAAAACCAAAAGAGCAUCGAGGGCGUGGAGCACUUGAAGAAGCUUAAAGAGGUGCACCUCCUUGGCAUGAAGGACAACCCCACAUUAAAGAGUGCUCUCGAGCACCUGAAGGAGGACAGUGAUGGCCGCUCCAACGACAACAAUCAGUUCGUAGUUGGAGUGAAAUACUACCGUUAA